GCAAUGCUCAUUGCUGGACACUGGCAUCGUUAUGCCUGUCAUGCUAGUCCUCGGUUGCUUACAGCAAUAAUAUCGAGACGAUUCUGGAUCGUUAACAUUCGUUUGAUUGUUCAUCGCGUGAUCCGAAAAUGUACUGUCUGCGUGCGAGUAGCAACAGUCAACCCUCAACCUCAGAUGGCAGAUCUGCCAGGGUUCCGAGUUCAGGAAGCUCAUCCGUUCUCUGUUGUCGGCGUUGACUAUGCGGGACCUCUGCAGAUGAAAGAGCUAAGUCUCCGUAAGGCUCGUAUCUGCAAAGUAUAUAUAGCUGUUUUUGUCUGCAUGACCACCAAAGCGGUACAUUUGGAGUCGGUUACUGCUCUGUCGACAGAUGCGUUUUUGUUGACGUUGGAUAGGUUCGUUGCUCGUCGUGGCCUACCUUCGUCUAUUUAUUCAGACUGUGGCACUAAUUUUGUUGGUGCAGCUAAGCAGUUACGUCGGUUGAUCAACCACCCAGACCAAAGAGAUAGGAUCUCAGGUCAUUUGCCGUGCGAGUGGCAUUUCAAUCCCCCUGGUGCUCCCCAUUUUGGUGGAAUUUGGGAAGCCGCCGUGAAGUCGGCUAAGUCGUUGCUUUUACGUACGAUGACGUCUCAGAUUUGGACGUUAGAAGAGUUUUCUACUGUGCUGUGUAGGGUAGAAGCCGCCUUGAAUUCUCGUCCGCUCGUUCCCGUUUCUUCUGAUCCGAAUGACCUGGAAUGUUUGACUCCGGGCCACUUCCUGAUUGGUAGACCGUUGCUUGCGAUACCAGAAUCAGAUGUUCCUGAUGCGCAAAGAUCAGUCCAGACUCGCUGGAAGCUCAUCCAGCAGUCGUUCCGUUCGUUCUGGCGUCGUUGGUCGCAAGAAUACUUGAACACUCUUCAAGCUCGUGAAAAGUGGGUCAAGUCAGGUGACAACCUGAAAGUAGGUACUAUGGUUGUAGUGAAAACUGGCGACGCUCCGCCACUCUCCUGGCCCUUAGGUAGAAUUGUUGAAGUGUACCCGGGACCAGACCAAAUAGUACGUGUAGCUAAAGUACUCACUAGUCAAGGGGUAUUUACUAGACCAGUAGUUAAGCUGGUGCCUUUGCCUACUGAUCCGUAGACAAAAUGUUGAAUCUAUUCUUAUUUACACCUUAUAUACCUAUUUUGCUAUGACUAUGUUCGUGGUGUUGUUGCUCAUCGGUGGUUCCAUCACCUCUGCUACCAUGGAUCUCGUCGGCUGCUCGGCCUCCGGGAUCUUGGUAGUGGUAGAUGUUAGUUUUUUAGGUAUUAAGAUUGUUUAAUGAGCAAUGGUUGUUUUUAUAUAUUGUAUUAUAAUAUGUAUUUAUAUUUAAAAAAAAAAAUAAUGUUAUAGUUCCUAUUGAACUUGUGAUAAUUAACGUUCGUUCCUAUGCUCAUGCUCAAACAUAUAUAUUAGUUUAUGUUUAUUUAAUAUUUUAUAUUUAUUGAUUGUUAUAUUGAUUGUUCUAUUAAUAUUGUGAUGGUCAACGACCAAUGUUGUCCCUUUGUUAAAUCCCGUUCAUCGCUCUGUUGGUAACUGCUCCGUUCAUAAGCGCGACUGCUCUGUCCACCUGCUCAAGCUGCUCCGCUCAACUGCUCCGUUCACCUGCUCAAGCUGCUCCGCCCUUACUGCUCCGUACACCGGCUCAAUAGCCCACCUUUCAGCUCCGAAAAAUCGAACUCGCUUUGCAAGAAAACGGGUCCUUGCAAGGGGGAGUAUGUUCGAUCCUUUUGUCCAAGACUGAUUACCGCCGGUCUUGGACAGGGGUCUGAUAAGUGACCACGCUCGGUCACCCGCGAAGUUGGCACCCCUGACGUGUACGUCGCCCUGGUUCGGGCAACGACGCAUACGCCGCCGCCAACGGUCGCUGUCGUCCGUUUACGUUUGUUCUGUUCCGUUCGCCGUUACGUCAAACCCGUGUGCUCCCACGUUAGCGGCCAUCUUGUUGCGAAAAGUGUGCUCACACCACAAGAUUGUUCCUUUGUCGCUGUUAUUAGCAUAUUACAAUCUGAUUUGCUUAACCGCAUGAAACCAUCGCGCUCCCGAUCGAAUGCGCUGUCGUCCGUUUACGUUUGUUCUGUUCCGUUCGCCGUUGCGUAAAUCCACGUGCUCCCGUGUUGACGGCCAUAUUGUUGUUAAAAGGUGUGCUCGCAUCACAAGUUUGCUCCGUCGAUAUUGCUCUAUCAGCAUAUUAUAAAUCUGUUCGAUUUCACGAUACGAUCGCAUCGAGCUCUCGAUCGAAAACGUUAUUUAACGUGCGAGUGUCGAUACGACGUUGAUUCGCGUGCGCGACGUUCCGGUGCUCCCCGAUCCACGUGUUCCUGAAGUCUUCAGUUCCGAGAUAUAGCAGCUCCGCCUUCAAUCAAAGAUCAACCGCAGUUCAGCAAGUCCCAGGCAGUUCCGCCCAGCAACGAGUGUUCCCUCAGAGCGGUGUUCCCCGCCCUCCCCUUACUUCGCUACACGCUCGUGGUCGCGUGCAAUUAUUAUUUAUACGUUAAAUAUAUAUAUCGUAAUAUUUA